AUGUGUCUCUCCAUCGCCUCUCUACCUCCCUCACGUCUCCUCUCUCCCCCACCUGACCUCUCUCCCUCCCUCACCUUGCUCUCCUCCUCCUUCAACUCUCCCUUCUCCUCUCUCCCCCCCACACUUAUCAUGUGUCUCUCCAUCACCUCUCUACCUCCCUCACGUCUCCUCUCUCCUCCUCCUUCAAAUCUCACUUCUCCUCUCUCUCCCCCACACUUAUGUGUCUCUCCAUCGCCUCUCUACCUCCCUCACGUCUCCUCUCUCCCCCACCUGAGCUCUCUCCCUCCCUCACCUCGCUCUCCCCCUCCUUCAACUCUCCCUUCUCCUCUCACCCCCCCACACUUAUCAUGUGUCUCUCCCUCACCUCUCUACCUCCCUCACCUCUACCUCCCUACUUCUUCCCCCCCCUCACCUCCCGCUCACCUCUUUCUCCACCUCCCUCAACUCGCCCCCUCCCUCACCUCUCCCCCUCUCCUCUCUCCGCUCACCUGA